AUGUCAUCCAACGUUAUAACAAUAGACUCAGACACAGAUUCUGAUGAUGAUGACGAUGAUGUUGAGAUUCUAGAGUUUCGCAAAAUAACUCAGGAUCUCCUAGACAAUCCACAGAGCCAAGAAGCCAGUAACGAAAUCGAUGGCAAUGAAGCAUCUGCAUCCGCAACGAAGCCAGAUCACAAGACCGUCAAGAGACUAGGCGACAUCCAGUGUCCCAUAUGCUUUGAUAACAUUGAUGUGGCUACUGUGACUUCAUGUGGCCAUGUAUUUUGUUUAGAAUGCAUCGAGGCAAGUAUCAGUAGCUCACAUGCACGCGGCCAAGGACGUAUGCCUCGUGGGAGGGGUUUGUGUCCAAUGUGUAGAAAAGUUGUAUCGUUUAAAGAGACUAUUGUAUUGAAGUUGAAGAAAUCUACUAGAAAAUUUGUGGAAGCAAAGUAG